CACCAGUUUUGUUUCCUCUCCCACUCCCGCCUUCGCAUCACCUACCCACCUAGAGGAUAAAUACUCAAGGCCACCGCCGCCAAGAUGACAUCAACACAGGCCGAUAUUAUCACCAAGCAGUUGGCUGACAUGGAGAUUCCGGUCAAAGGAGCCGCAGACUCGGACUGGACCGUCUUCUCCUCAACUUACAAUCUCCGCCUCCCCGUCGUCCCAGCUGCCGUCGUCCUGCCACGCACCGUCCAGCAUGUCAGCGAUGCUGUCCUCUGCGCGGCCCAGCAUGGGUUCAAGGUGCAAGCACGGUCGGGUGGGCACUCGUACGCUUCUUACAGCAAUGGAGGGGUAGAUGGUGCCGUGGUGGUGGACCUUCGAUACUUCCAAGACGUUGAGCUCAUCUCCGAUAGUGUCGUCCGCGUUGGCGGUGGCGUGCGGGUGGGCAACCUGGCUUGUGCUAUAUAUGACCAGUCCAAGAGAGCACUUGCUCACGGCACCUGCGCAGCAGUCGGUGUCGGCGGCCACUUCACCCAUGGCGGUUACGGACUUUCCUCACGUGCAUGGGGCCUCGCCAUGGACCAGAUAGUAGCGAUGGAUGUGGUGACAGCAGAUGGUCGAUGCCAGUACGUCGACAACUCGAAGAACCCCGACCUCUAUUAUGCGAUGCGCGGUGCGGCUGACUCAUUCGGAAUUGCCGUAAAUUUCUACCUCGAGACACAACCAGCUCCUGAAUCCGUGACCAACUGGUAUAUCAAGAUCUGUGACGCGACAAAGAGUGUCGAGAAUGCCGUCAGUGCGUUGCAGCACAUCCAAACCUAUGUUCACGACGAAUCUUUAAUCGAUCGGCGGCUGGGAUUGAACGUGUCUCUCUCGUCUGACUUUUUCGGAAUAGGAGGCACCUACUUUGGGUCUCGCGCCGAUUUCGAGGACGCGAUUUUGCCAGCACUCCUGAAGGGUAUCCCAGAGAACCCAACCAUAGAGGUGCAGCAGGUCGACUGGCUCACGUCGCUCAAACUCCUCAACCAGGGCCAGGAUCUCCACGUCUCGGACAACUACGCAGACCACAGUAACUUCUUCGCCAAGAGCGCCAUCGUGCCCGAGCCAGGCUACACUAAGGAUGCGCUGGCAAGCUUCUUCACCCACCUCCUCGGCGAAGGCGCCCGAGCACCGGUGUCCUAUUUCAUCAUGCUCGACCUGUACGGGGGCGCCGACAGCCAAAUCAACAACAAGAGCGCCGGCUCCUCGGCCUUUGCCCAUCGCGACGCGCUCUGGGUGGCCCAGGUCUACGGCUACGUGGGAAACGACGAGCCGUUUCCCGCCGAAGGCCUCGAGUUCGUCGACGGCCUGGUCCAGUCGAUGACCAGGCACCUCCCCGAGCACAGAUCGUACGAGAACUACACGGACCCGAGCUUGACGCGAGAGCAGGCGCACGAGCAGUACCGCGGGAGGGAGCUGUACAACGAGCUGAAGAGCCUGAAGGAGAAACUGGACCCGGGAAACGUGUUUGCGAAUCCCCAGUCGAUCUAGACUCGGCAGCCGGGGCGGCAGCGAGCCAGGUAGGUACGAACACGAGCGUGCAUGGCAGUACGGCCGACCCCUCCCUCGACGGAGAACUUCCCGGUGGUUGCCCGGACUUACCUACGCCAAGGCGACUCGCGAUGGCGGACGGCAAGCGGACGAGCGUUCCGUGCAAGAUAGGGCCUGGUGCGUAUGAGGCCAGGCACGCGGCGAAUUUCCGUACGGGGUACAUACAUAUAGGUAGGUACCUACCUAGGUACCUUUCGGUUCGCGAAUGUGGCUGCCCUACGGCGCUGACGACUUCUCUUCUUCCCUUGAGUUGGGUGACAUCGGAAGAGACGGAGAGGAGAGAUAGAGAGAGAUGGGAGCAAUGCAGGUUAGCAGGGGCCUUGGGACGGAGCCUCCCUUUAGCGACAACGAGGCCCGCCAACGUCCUCCGAUCUGAGCAGAUACGAGCAGGCCGGGC